CUAUUUUAAAGUGGAUUAGGAAGGGUGAGGAAAGUUACUCCUGGGACAGAGAGAACGCGGCAGAUAGCGGUGGACAAAAUGCGAAGACCGCUUUAUCACCUUGCGAAUCACCGCUGCCCUAACCCGAGGCCCUUGUCUUAGAGCAAGGGAAACAGCUCUGAUUCUGAGGAACUAUCUUGUCCCUCAGUGCCUGGGAGAGUAUCAGGACUAUUUUCUGGGGAACUGUGGAAUGUGCCCUUGGGGGCCCAAGAUCACAGAAGGAAGAUGCUCCAGACCAGUAACUAUAGCCUGGUGCUCUCCCUGCAGUUCCUACUGCUGUCCUAUGACCUCUUCGUCAAUUCCUUCUCAGAGCUACUCCGAAUGGCUCCUGUCAUACAGUUGGUGCUUUUCAUCAUCCAGGAUAUUGCAGUCCUCUUCAACAUCAUCAUCAUCUUCCUCAUGUUCUUCAACACCUUCGUCUUCCAGGCUGGCCUGGUCAACCUCCUCUUCCAUAAGUUCAAAGGGACCAUCAUCCUGACAGCUGUGUACUUUGCCCUCAGCAUCUCCCUUCAUGUCUGGGUCAUGAACUUACGCUGGAAAAACUCCAACCUCUUUGUCUGGACAGAUGGACUUCAAACAUUAUUUGUAUUCCAGAGACUAGCGGCAGUGUUAUACUGUUAUUUCUACAAACGUACGGCUGUAAGACUGGGUGACCCUCGCUUCUACCAGGACUCUUUAUGGCUGCGCAAGGAGUUCAUGCAGGUCCGAAGGUGACCACUUCUUGUCACACUGAUGGAUGCUUUUCCUUCCUGACUGAAGCCACAUUCAGGGCUCUACAGAGGGGGUGGUCAGCCCUGUGCACUAGGAAGCAGCUUGACAUUCCUAGGACAGGCCCAGACCAGUUGUGUUCAGCAGUUGAGAGGGAAGAGAGAGCCUCCUAGCAAAUUAAAGUGUUCCCCAGUACAGACUCCCGUAUAUCCUCCCUUCCCGGCCUCCUGCCGCAGUUCUGCCCCCUGUCCUUUCUUGCUCUCUUCCCCUCUUCCUCCAGAGGGUUCUGUGGCUUCAUCCUGGGGAAGGUUUUCACUGAGCCCGGGACAGGAGGAGCUCCCAGCCCCUGUUCUGUUUGAACUACAUACUGAUGACUUUUCUGGGCUCCUGACUGAUCACACCUCAGACAUUUAGAUUUUAUACCCAAGGUACUUUUUUUUACAUUUUAUAAAUAGGAAAUAAAUUCUUUUCCGUAAAUGAUGGAGUCUCGGCCUCUGGAUCUCUUCGUGGUUACGAGGCAUGCCAGGUCCUAGCCUUAGCAUCUACUUGGUCGUGGCCGGUUGAGCCACAGAGCAAAUAUGGAUAUUUAUUGAAUGCCGUUGUGAGUACAAGGUAUUUUUGCAGAAAUUUAGGGUAUAAUCUGAUGCUCCACCCCAUCCCUGCAGUUCCAGACCUCUGUGUUUUAUUCAGUCUUUCUCCCUGUCAGAGCCCUAAAUUGCCCUCAGGAGAGUAAAAAUGUUCCCUAGACUCUUUUGGCAAAAGAAAUUUUAAAAGUUUAUGUGCCCAUAGUAUCAGUUUUCUAUUGCCAGGAUAAUGUUGUGUAACAGACCCACCACCAAACUUCAGUGGCAUAUAACAAUAAACAGUUCCCGUGAUUCUUGA